CCAACUAUUUCCUACUGCACCUGAAGGCCGCGGGAGACAGGAGGUGGAGAGAGAUAGAAGCUGAACGACGGAGCGAGAGGAGGAGGGGGGAAGAUAGCAAGACCCAGCUAGCGCCAACACUUUGAGCCUGUUUACUAGAAACCAAAUGCUAUUUUGCGACGUUGGCGCCACAGAUUAAACCUAAAUUUAAGUAUUGUCCUACGGCUAAAAUGUGACUCCACCAGCAUCUCGUCGAAUGUGUCUGAAACGUCAGAAAUAUGUGCCGGUAACGAGCUAGGUUAACGUUAAGACAAAAAGGGCAUCUCUCUGUCUUUGACCGAACAGCCCGAUCGUAAUCUUCGGAUGAGAGUUUCUGUGUUGGUGAACCAUUACGGCGAAGCCUCCCACUGACAGACCAGAUCCUGGUCACAAUAAAGACAGGCGAAGGGGAGCCACCAAACUGUCAAAAUGAAAUUCACAGAGCAUCUCUCCGCUCACAUCACCCCGGAGUGGAGAAAACAGUAUAUCCAAUAUGAGGCUUUCAAAGAGAUGCUGUAUGCUGCUCAGGACCAGGCCCCAUCAAUUGAAGUCACAGAUGAGGAUACAGUCAAGAGGUACUACGCCAAGUUUGAGGAAAAGUUCUUCCAGACGUGUGAAAAAGAACUGGCCAAGAUCAACACCUUCUACUCUGAGAAGCUGGCCGAGGCUCAGCGGCGAUUCGCCACACUGCAGAAUGAGCUGCAGUCCUCAUUGGAUGCCCAGAGAGAGAGCUCAGUUAAUGGGCGGGGCCUGAGGAGGAGGAAGACAGUGUUUGCCCUGUCGCAGCAGGAGCGAUGUAAACACAGAAACAUAAAGGACCUGCAGCUGGCCUUCUCCGAGUUCUACCUCAGCCUCAUACUGCUGCAGAACUAUCAGAAUCUGAACUUCACAGGUUUCAGGAAGAUCCUUAAAAAGCAUGAUAAGAUUUUGGAGACAUCAAGGGGGGCCGACUGGAGGGUGGCCCACGUUGAAGUGGCUCCAUUUUACACGUGCAAGAAAAUCACACAGCUCAUCUCUGAGACUGAGGCGUUGGUCACAACAGAGUUGGAAGGUGGUGACAGGCAGAAGGCCAUGAAGAGGCUGAGGGUACCUCCCCUGGGAGCUGCACAGCCUGCUCCUGCUUGGACCACUUUCAGAGUUGGACUUUACUGCGGCGUUUUCCUUGUCUUAAUAGUUACUGUGGUUAUUACAGGAGCUGUGGUGAUUCGAAGUGCUGAUGUUUGGCCUAUGGUCAGGAUCUACAGAGGAGGAUUUCUGUUAAUAGAAUUCCUCUUCCUGUUAGGCAUCAACACCUAUGGAUGGAGGCAGGCAGGAGUUAACCAUGUGCUCAUAUUUGAACUGAACCCCAGAAACAACCUGUCACACCAACAUCUGUUUGAGAUUGCAGGUCUGUUGGGGGUGCUGUGGUGCGUGAGCCUGCUGUCCUGUCUCUUCAGUGACAGCAUCCUGGUACCAAUGCAGGCUAACCCCCUGGCUCUCUACGGCUUCUUCCUCCUCUUCCUCAUCAACCCCUUCAAGACGUGCUACUACAAGUCACGCUUCUGGCUGCUCAAACUCCUGUUUCGAGUGGUGACAGCUCCGUUUCAUCGUGUUGGCUUUGCAGACUUCUGGCUGGCUGACCAAUUGAACUCUCUGGUGGUGGUUCUGAUGGAUCUAGAGUACAUGAUCUGUUUCUACAGUUUUGAACUGGACUGGAGAAAACAUGAUGGACUCAUAAGCAGUGAAGGCAAAGAUGUAUGUAAUUCCUACUCCUAUGGUGUCCGUGCGGUGAUCCAGUGUCUUCCUGCAUGGUUCCGAUUUGUCCAGUGUCUGCGACGUUACCGUGACACCAAACGGGCUUUCCCUCACUUGGUUAAUGCAGGGAAAUACUCAACGUCUUUCUUUGUCGUCACCUUUGCUGCCCUCUACAGCACACACAAAGCUGAACGUCACGCUGAUUCCCACAUCUUCUUCUAUUUGUACAUCAGCUGUUUGGUGAUCAGCUCAUGUUACACACUGGUCUGGGAUCUGAAGAUGGACUGGGGCUUGUUUGAUCGCAAUGCAGGGGAGAAUACCUUUCUUAGAGAGGAGAUAGUCUACCCACAUAAGGCCUAUUACUACAGUGCUAUAGUGGAAGAUGUGCUGUUGCGUUUUUCGUGGACUUUAACUGUGACCCUCAGCACAGUGUCUGGGUUUCAUGGCAUCUCUGACAUACUGGCUACUGUACUCGCCCCAAUGGAGGUCUUUAGGCGUUUUGUUUGGAACUUCUUCCGACUUGAGAACGAACACCUGAAUAACUGUGGUGAGUUCAGGGCUGUCCGAGACAUCAGCGUGGCUCCGCUCAACGCUGAUGACCAGACGCUGCUGGAGCAGAUGAUGGACCAGGAGGACGGAGUCAGGAACCGGCAGGGCAAGAAGAGCUGGAAGAGGAGCUACAGCAUGAGUCUACGCAGGCCUCGUCUCGCCUCACAGUCCAAGACCCGUGACACCAAGGUUUUGAUAGAGGACACUGAUGAUGACUCCUGACAUCAGGCCACGCCCCUCGCCUGGGUCCAGAAUUUAUUCAAAGGGGGACCUCCACCUCCUAACCGAGGAAUUACCCAGCGAGUUGGGCGUUGAACUCUCAACCAAGGACAAGUUUUAAGCUCUCAUGCCUCAAUAAUCUUUUUUUCAAUGCAUGAGCCUCUGCUUGAGUUCAGAACUAUUUCAAGGAAGGAACUUUAACAAACUUGAACAAACAACGCAGCAGGAAGGCCAUCAGACUCCUCCUGCUACCUUCAAUAUUAACCAAGGGUGGGCGUAACAUGUAAACUUUACCUUACCCAAGCAGUGAGUGAAAAACUUCUCACCCUGACAUCCACAGCCACCCAGAGGUGGACUCUAGAGCUACACUCACUUCUUAGCCAUUGCUUUGGUUCUCCUCAAAGCCUCAGCUUAGCAUGAACAACGCAGCUAAAUGGAACACAAGCUGAUCACCCUGACAGGAAGUGUCCCUGCUCCCUCUCGGUGCCACACAACUCCCACACAGGGAGACGCUGACAACUUCAAACCGAGUGCUGUUGAGGGCCACAAGGUUUUCUGCCCACCUUUAGCUAUUAGUCUCCUCCUACACUCCCAGCAUCCAGGUAACGCUUAGAAAAAGGCCUUGAAUAAAUGAUGUACCAUUUGCACCUCAAGAGAUCUCAUGUCAACCUGCAAUUUGGACCUCAGAAUGAACCUGAAGCCUCUUUUUUCCUCUAAGAGAAUAAAAAGGGUUACAAAGUCAUCCCACUCCCUCUCUGACGCUUGGCGUUUACGCUGGCCAAAAGACUGUGCCGAUGAAUUUUUGGUAGCGCCAGUCAGUCACUAGCUUGACUGCCUUUGCUCUUCAGCUUGUCCCAUCAUCACGGAGCUGCCUACCUGCACCUUACAUGCUUUAGAGACACACACACACACACACACAGAAACAUGCACUUUGUAGGAAGAGUGACUUGGGAAUGCCUAUCGUGUGUUCACACACACAGUGAUUUUUAAUAUGUUUUAUUGCUUGUGGACAUGCAGCUCUCGACUAUUAUUCUUUUUGAGACCCUGGGUAGACAACACACACACACGUACACACACACACACACACACACACACACACACACAUGCACAGACUAUAGAUUAUUCCUAACAUUGGUUGUAAAUAUGAAAUGGACCAAAGCCGGGGGCAGUGUGAAAAUAUUCAGAAAAUAUUAAAUAUUGCAUAAAACGACUAUAUAGAACAGCAGCUGGAAUGACUGUUCAGCUGCGGAGCUGAGAAGGAAUUUUACUUUUGUUUCUGGAAAAAGAUCAUCUUAAUUGUCCUGCAGUAACUCCUACCUUGCGUGAAAAAAUAUCCCCCAUUGGAAAAGUUUUGCUGAAUGUAUGCCAACUUAUUUAUGUAUGUAUGAGUGGGAGAGACGCCUAAAUGCCACCUGUCAACUCAUUAAGGCUCAUCGGUUCUUAAAAACUUAAAGAAACAGAGUUCAGAUAAAUCCCAAGGAAUUUUUAUUUUGACCCCUGAAGUCUUGAUAGAAAAACUGAAGACUGUUUGAUUGAAAACUGCUGGUUGAUGAAACAGUAAUUAUCAUCUGUGAAACUGGUUCAUGGAAAUGUGGUGAUGAUGAAAAGGGGGGACAUCACCUGUCUGUCUCAUACAGGUUCAAAGCGUCACAGUCUGAAGGAUGGUGUAGUUUAACUUGAAUCUGAAUCAAGUGACUCCCAGCUGGUUUGGUGGUGAAGGAUCCAUGUGGACUUGAAUCUGAUUGGCUGUGUUUACACUCAUGAUAUACAUGCUUCAUACUUUAAUGGUCAAGAUACAUUUGUAUAAUAUAUUUGUAUAUGUAUAUAUGCCAUUGUACCAUUCACUGCAUUUUGUGAGUCUUCCACAAAGUCUUUAACAGUAGAUCUUUAUUUACCACAGAAGCAGAACUUUAUAUUAGAGACAAUCUUAUUCCUCAAGUUUCACCUACUUUCCAGUGAAUGCCAGCUCAAAACGUCCUCCAUGUUUAUCUCAUGUCUUUGUACAUUUUCACAGCACUAAUUCCAUAGAUCAGCAGGGUUGCUGCUCUCACUUUCCAUUCUCUAACUGAAGUGCCAUUUUUACCCAGUUAACUUCAGUUCUUUCACUUUUUCAUCUUUCCAACAGCAGCUUAACAACAGUCAGGAAAAAUGGAAAAGUGGAACAACUGAAAUUAAUGUGUGGAUGAUACAUGCUUAAUUUACUAUUGUUGUUGGCUUCAGGUAAUUCCAUCUCCCUCAGCCUGUUUGUUUACCCAGGCUUAAUUUGUUCAUGUUGGCUGUGCAGCCAUUAUUCUGCCAUUAUUUGAGCACCAGAAUUUAUGUUAAUGGCACCCAGCUGUUCACACCAGACCAAACCAUAGCCAAGUGUUAUGGUCUGGCUUUGCCUCCAUAGUUUGCCAGUGUCUCAGUCAGCAGCAUGGUUACACACAUUUACCAUCACAUCAUCAACAUAUUGGCAACUUAUUUCAGAAACUCUUUGUCCUUGUGUCAACAUGACAGGCACUAAUAUCAGCGUGUGCUGCCAAAUAAUCAGAGCCACAAAAUUAAAUCAUCCUCUGUGGUUUGGUAAAGACAGGUAGCUGUGAUUACACUGCAGAAAAUGGUUUUCUUAAUGUUUUUAAUAGAGUGAAGAUGAUAGUUUUUUUUUUUUUCUUUUCACAUUCCCAAAGUGGUUAGCAGACAACUUUUUAAAGGGGCACAAUUGUGGUGUUUUUAAGCAGUAGCUUUUUGCUCAGUGGUAACACUGAUGUCAUAAAUAGAGUGUCUGACUGGCAGUAUGGUGGCAGGUACAUUAGAACAACAUUAGAAAUUAGAAAUAAUCAUAUAUCCCAGUUAACACCCAAGUGUUCCAAGUUCCUCUGGUGUGCAAGUAAAUCCUACAACACUAAACAAUAGUGAAAUCUUAGCUAGAUCAUCUGUGCUGGUUGCAGAUGGCCACAAAAAUUCAGACAUGGCAAUCAGCAACCCAUUUACAACAUUAAAAGUAAAAUACUGAAUAUAGCCAUUUCAGAUUCAUGGAAUCAGACCAUGGAGUCCAACUUUUUUUUUUUUUAACAUUUACCUUGCUGACUAACAUUAAACAGUGUUAACUUUUGAGGAGAUGGAGAGCCACACUCUACAAAGGUAAUAGCCAUCGUAGCUUAUUAGUUGUGUUGCAUUGUUCACUUUAAUUGAACCUCCUCUGUUGGAGUAAAAACUGCUCGACCAAAGAGGAAUGGUUUGCACACGGUGAAGAGACUAAAGUUAGUGGCAUACAAAUGAAUGAACUGAGUGAUCUUAUUCUUCCGAUAGUAACCAAGCUAAGUUAAUAAGAUACGAGUUUUCUGAAGACCAUUAACAAGCUCACUUGCUUGGAGAGCUUUAUUUAUUUUUUGUUAAACUUUUAAUUGAACAAAAUGGUGCACAAUAGUGAACAACAUACCAGGGGAGAGUAAAGAAAACAGUUGGAAGAAUCUCCGGGAGUUACUUUAGCACCAGCUAUGAUUAGCUCACCAGCUACAGCAGUUCACCAGCUAGCCCUGUAAUUGAAUGAUUCUGCGAAUAUGUGCAUCAUAACUGUGUUCUACCACUCUGUGGUGUGACCAGGCCUUUAAGGCACCACCAUGGAGUGAGCUGAUAUUGUAAGGUGACAAUCAGUCUUAUGGCAGCACAGGAAGUACGUCGUGAUUCAUAAGAAAUUCUAAAUGUAUGUUAAAAAGAAUGUUAAAUUGACAACAGAAUACAUUUUAACGUAGUCUUUAGGUUCAUAUGUGGAAUCUUCAGUGUGGAAAAGUAGAGUCAGAUUCAUCAGUGGUUGCAGCUUUUCCUGGAUCCCUCUUGUCAUUUCUUGAUACAACUUCACAGGUUUCUUGAAAGCUGCUGUUAGUUUUGUUUCAGUAAGAACAUGUAAAUAGUGAGUAUGACUUUAAAAGUCAUUAGUCAGAAGAAGAUGUGAUGAGCAGACAGUUCUCUGCAGCUCCCUGACUGGUUUCAGUUUGUCUGCUGUUGGACAGUAACAGAAAGAAGCUCAGAGUUUUGUCUUUUGUUGCACCACUGGAGCUCAGGGCUCGUCUCUCUUCUCUCUCUAAAAAACGGGAGCAACAAAGUUUCCCUCUUGUUUAUGUGUAUAUGUUUUAAUCAGACUGAGUGUGUUGCUCUCAUUGCAUUUUGUCUUCUAAACUUUCUAUGCAGCAGACACAAUCAUUCCAUGCAAAGAGAACAGUUUAGAUUUGUGUGUCUAAAUGCAGUGCAUUUCUUCACACCUUUCAUUUUUUACUUCCUCUGGUUUUCAUGUUGAGACACAUUCUUUUAGAAGAAAUGUGAUCAUCAUAAAGUCAUUCCUGUGUUAUAAACAUAUUCCAUAGUGACAGAUUAGAUGUGAUAAGACUUGACCUGAUCAUUCACAAGCAGGACGGAGCUUAAUGAAUGUACUAUUCAAAACCUUACACCAUGAAUGUAUAUUUCUCAUGUGAAUACACCCAGAGAUCAGCUUUAACUUAAGAGGAGAGUAACAGGAGAUAACAAAUAGGGUGAUUGCUAAAAAAAAAACAAACUGUUCCUUCAGUACCACAGCCAGGCCUAGUGGUGUUACAUGUUACAUGUCUAAUUCUGACAUUUCAGCUGCAGGCAGGCUGACUGUGCUCUGACUGAUUUCACACUGGGGUUAGAGAUAAUAAUAAAAUGUACCAUGUCAGUUCUGUCUCUACAUUCCGUAUGAUGCCUCACACUCCUAGUACACAUCAACACCACCUUUGUAUGUGAAGAUGUUUGAGACUGACAGGUGAAACCAAUCCCCCCUUUUCCAGAUGUAAAUAAAAUGUACCAGUAGAGAUUAUG